AAUUUCCUCAAGUAUCUUGGUUCUACUAUGUUCCUAACGGUAUCAACCAGUUCUCAUUACUUUCCUCUAAUCUUUCCCAUUCUAAAACUUCAAAUCAGCUAGUGCUUGAAGUGCCUGACGAACUUGAAAUAGAUGAUCUUGAGGAAAGUAACUUACGCUUCUUUGAAUCAAGGGCCGCUGCCUUUGUUUUGUACAUGGAUGUAUUUUGA